UUUUAAAUUGUUACAUUUUCUCAACAGCCUUACAAAAUCAGCGCGCAUUAGAAAGCUACACAAAUGUAUCGCUUUUACUUUUUAAUAAUUCUGAGCCUUUGCAAUUUGCCAUUAUCGCUGCAGGAUAUUUGUACAUAUUGCAAAUGUGUGCAUGGCCAGUAUGCAGACAAACCUAUUUGGAUCGAUGUUGGUAAACGGAAUGAAAUAUCAGUAACCGGCCAUUCAUGUGGACGGCCAGUAGUGUACACUUGGAAGGUUGUUACAGGCAGUGGCGAGACCCUGCUUGAUUUAGGGAAAACGGAUGUACCUCGAGUCAUUUGGCAGCCGUUUGCAGUUUCAGUUAAACCUAGUAAUAAGGGCAAAAAUAAUCGUGUUAUAGUCACGAAAAGUGAUGGUCAUACGAAGGAACGCUGUGUGUGCCAUAUUGAUUUCGUACAUUUGGAGAUCUAUAGUCACAUUGAUGGCGCUCGGCUCAUCCCGAUUGGCUCGGAGCAAGUCAUAACCCUCGAUGGUUCGCACAGCUAUGAUUUCGGUCAGCCAAAAGGAAAGCAACGCUAUUUUUAUGAAUGGCUAUGUACACCCGAAGAAAAUGAUAUGCAUAAUACUUAUUGCCAGGAAGGAAAGAUAAUGUCUACUACUUCUAGACUCAAACUUGACGGCAAUCUUUUAGCCAUUAGCGGCCUCUAUAAAAUAACACUUCGGACGAAAUCACCCGUUACGGGUGCAAUUGGCGGAGACCAUAUCUACGUCAGAGUUGAAUAUGGCACAAAAAUACCGCUACUUAUUUUGUGCCAUCGCAAUUGUAUAAAUUAUCAUUACAUCGAAGGUGAAAGCAUGUUUUUAGAAGUCGACUGCAUUGGCCAUUGUGGCGAAUCACUUACAUUCUACUUCUCAGUCGACGGUAAACAUAUUACGACCAACCACAAUGGUAGGGUCAAAUUCUUGACACCGAAUGAGCCACAGUUCUAUUUAAAUGCCACACUCAUUGCUGAUGGCGUGGCUACUACGGCUAGAGUGCUUUUUACACGCAAUGAUCCACCAGCGGGUGGGACGUGCACGAUUGCACCAGCAAGCGGCACAGCCGGUGAUACACUAUUUAGUGUUUCUUGCAAGGACUGGACUGAUCCAAAUCUACCACUGUAUUAUGUGCUGAAAGCGGAAAAUUUAUUAUAUGAUCGGACCACUGAUCCCCACUGGGAGGUGUAUGUAGGGCAAGUGUCGGCACUGACCAUUCGCAUUUGCGAUCACUUCAAUGCUUGUACAAAAUACGAAAUGCCUAUAGAACUUAUACCUGCAAUAAUACCAACGGGGUUGAGCGAUAUUAAAAAGUAUAUGAAAAGGGAUGCGAAUAAUUUACAAAAUUUAUUGCAUGGGGGCCAUUACUCGCGCGCCGUUGUCAAAGCUACACUGAUGAUGAAGAGUCAAGGACUAGCUGCAAUUAAACAUAUACUUGCGCCAUUCGUUAACUUUGAUGUGGGCUCUUUGGCUAACUUACGGCAAUUAGGCACCAUGGUGAGUGAACUUAUUGAUCCUUUGGGCAAUCUAACAAGUGAAAAGGUUGAAGUGGUUGGUGAAUUUCUUGACAAACUUUCUGAAGGUUACUCCAAGGUUAUUGAAACUGGCGAAAUAGAGGACAUGCAUAAAGAGGAGUUGGUAGAUUUUUCCGAAGAAAUUAUUACUAUAGUAUCCGACUUAGCGGAAAAAUCUGAAGACUUUGUAGAUGUGCAAUCGCUGCUGUGGGAAUUCGAGGGUGGAAUGGUUAGAGUUUCCGAUGAGCGCGCGGUGGUGGCGCCUAGGAUUGCACAUUUAAUUGAAUAUUAUGGUGAACAUGAACACCUCAAUGAUAGCGUUUUAGAGCCUGUCGUUAAAUGGAAGGAUACUAUUUGCAAGUCAUUUGAGAUAUUGCAAGAAAUUGGCGCUGCCACUAGUCUUAAAGUGCACAAAGGGGAUGAAGAGCUUAUCAUUAGUGAGAAGAAUGUACAAAUGUCAGCCUUCGGCAUAGAUGAUGCCGAGCCAUUGAUCAUGGUCUCAAACGAUUAUCUAACAACUGCAAAGCUUACGAUAGCCACGUUGCAGAAUAUGCAAUCAGAAUUGCGCUGCGAUGAAAUGACCGCACAAGUGGUUUCGUUUAAAGUUAACCCUUUCUGGUGGUAUCCCACUGAACAUCCCCUCACCACCUCUGUAUUCUUUUUCAACGUGUAUAAUAGAGAGGAUCUGAAACGCAAAGCCAUCAAACUCCAUACGCCGAUCAUAUUUGAAAUGGUCCAAGAUCGCUUACCUAAAGAGGCACCUUUGAUACGUAGCUUCGUGAAUGCAAAUAACGAAAUGCCUAUCUAUCAAGUGCGUGCUCCAGCGGGUGCAGCUGUUGUCAUAAACGUCACCGCAGUCGAAGUGGAUAUGGACGUGCUGGUCAAGUGUAAUAAAUUGCCCAAUGCGAAAGAGGUGCGUGCGGGUAGACAACAAGUGAAAGCGUCAGCCACACAUAAGGGCACCAAAUACACAGAUUCGAAUGACGACGACGCAGUAGACUGGUGUUAUGUGGCACUAAUUGCUGCUGAAGGCGUGACCAUGCAGCACAGCGCCAAAUAUGCAUUCACCGUGGAAUUGUACGAAUGCCUGACGUUUAAUGUGGACAUAAAUAACCCCACUUGGCAUACUAAGGGCUGCGUAGCGUCGAUAAAUUUAGAUAGUGACAACAUUAGCUGUUCUUGCCAUCACAUGUCCAUAUUUUCGGGUCGCUCUUACUACAGCACGGCCGAAGAGGUGGUGCGUGAACGCGUGCUGAAGGAUAGUCUUGCCACGAAUUGGUAUGUAGUGGCAUUCUAUAUAAUGCUCAUUUUAUUGUUCACAUGGCUACUAUUACGCGCUUGGGACGAUCUUACAACUAGUCAACACAAAAAGUUGGUAACAAAGCUGGAUGAAAACGAGCGCGAUAAGCCGUGUAAUAUGGCGCUGCAUAUAACGACCGGUGGUCAAUGGACGGCAGCCACUUCGGCGAAUGUACUCAUUUCGCUGCCGGGAGGACGCGUGUAUACCAUCACACAAAACCCAGAACAGCCACAUUUGAAGCCACAUACAACUUGCGUGCUUGACUUACCGCUAAAAGUGAGAGAGCUUAAAAAACCACUGAAGAUAAUGAUAAGUCAGGAUAAAAGUGGGCGUUAUCCGUCGUGGUAUUGCGAGUCUAUAACUAUUGUAGAUUUAGAGAAUGGCGAGCAGCAACAUUGCACGGUGCGCAAAUGGAUCGGAGACAAGCCAAUUGCUGUGCAACCAGACGAGGACACUGACAACAAAGGAGACGAUGUGCCAAACACGGGCGAUGCCAACAAAAAACAAGAUUCGAUAGCGCAUAAAUGGAAAAAAGUGAAGGCUGCUUACCAUGACGUCUUCAUGACUUGGUUCUUAUUUCAGCCACUUUUUGGACCUUGGCAGUAUGGUAUUGUUAAGGUGGACCGUUUUGUGCGCAGCUGUAUUUGGAUAGCAAAAUUUGCGGUCAUACUUUUACUAGUGUUCGUCUAUUUCAGCAACACAGAUCUCGAUAACUAUGAAACUGAAAGAAAGGAAUAUGAGUUCUUGAUACAUAUCUUAGAUUACCAGUUUCUACUGUUCAUCCUAGUCAGCUAUUUGAUUACCCUUGCAGUGGAAUUGCUGCUACUCUUAAUUGUAUAUCCUGAGUUCUUAUAUAGUUUCAAAAAGCCCAAAAAACCGGACGAAGAAAGGAAAGUGAAGGAGGAAAAGUCAAAGAAAAAACUGAGUGAGAAAAAAGGCAAAAAAAAGAGCAAAGAGAAAAUACGGGACAAUCAAGACACGGAAAAUAUACAAAAGCAGGAGGGUGAAGAGGAGCGAAGCGAUACAAAGGAAUACGCAGAAAAGAAUUUCAUGAUGUAAGAACGGAGAAAAGCACGAGCUAUUAAUUGUUUCUAUGUUUUUUUUUUUAAUUGAAUUGCUGGUUUUUCAUUUUACUAUUCGUAUCAUAAAAUUGCUUUUAUAUCUUUUAAUUUGAUAUUAAGCAUUGCGCAUUUAUUGACCUUUUCAACCAUUUUUACCAUUUUCUUUCAAUUUCUUUCAUUUAUGUAUUUUCGCAAAUUUCUCAGAGUUACUUAAAUAUAAAAUUGUUCUUCUUUACUAGUAAA